CAAAUCACAAUCAUAUACUGUCAAACUUAGGUGUGGCGCUGACCCUGUGAUUCAACUUUAUUUUUCAACAAAAACAUAAAAAUGUCGGCUACACUGAAGCCUUAUUUAACAGCAGUGCGCCACACACUUACUGCUGCAAUGUGCUUAGAACAUUUCUCGUCACAAGUGGUAGAAAGAUACAACAAACCGGAGGUGGAGGUUAGAACGAGUAAAGAGCUGUUGUUGAACCCAGUGAUAAUUUCGCGUAAUGCCAACGAGAAAGUGCUCAUUGAGUCAUCGAUAAACUCGAUAAGGGUUAGCAUAAUGAUUAAGCAGGCGGACGAGAUAGAGAAGAUUUUGUGUAAAAAGUUUAUGAGGUUCAUGAUGAUGAGGGCGGAGAACUUCAUCGUACUGAGGAGGAAGCCGGUGGACGGAUACCACAUCAGCUUCCUGAUCACAAACUUCCACACGGAGCAGAUGUACAAGCACAAGCUGGUGGACUUUGUGAUAUACUUCAUGGAGGAGAUUGAUAAGGAGAUCAGUGAAAUGAAGUUAGCGGUGAACGCUCGCGCCCGCAUCUGCUCCGAGGAAUUCCUCAAGAGAUUCUAACCAGACCACCUCACUAUAUACACGCUAAGAAGCUAAACUUUCCAUUAUUUUACUGACUGAUGUGAUUACUAGUUCUAAUAUAGGUUUAUGAGACCUCUCCCACAAAGCACUAUUUCCAACAUCAAUUUAAUAACAUAUAAUUUUAUCAUGAACAAACUUUUCUGUAUAUUAUCAAAUUAUUUUGGUGAUAACCAAAAAGCAGUAUUUCUAAGUUAUGAAAAUGUGUAUAAAAAUUAUGAAAUGAAGAUUUUUUAACUUAGACAUGCGUAGUGGAUAUUUUGUUUUAUGUUACUUAAUGUUUAAGAUCGGAAUUACUUUGAUAAGUUAAGGAUAUUAGUAUGAUAGAGUGUAAUGAAAAUAUUUAAUUAAGGCUUUACUGGGGGGAAAUAGAGACUUGACACAUUUUUGCCAUUACGGUUGCUUCAUUUAUCACAACACAACAUUUACAUUCAUAAUCAUCAAUUAAGAGCCACGAUCUUGUCAGUGCAGCAUUUUCCAUGCUACUUUUUUAGGGAAAAAUAGGGCAGUGGUUUCCCUCUUGCCUUCCACCCAAUACUUGCAUUAUACAUAAAAAAAACAUACUACAGUGUCUGUAAAGUUUAAACAUCUAUAGACUGGCCAACAGGAAAUGACUGAAUUUGAAUAUAGAAGUGAUAAAGAAUAUUUUUGUUCAAAGUAACUUUAAUGGCAUGGAGUCUAUAAUUUCUCCCAGUUAUGCCAUAUGAUAAUAAUGAGAUAGUGCACAAGUUUCCUGAUAAGGACACUGCCAUACUGUAUCAUAACUUGCUCGGCCAAUUUGAUAAUAAAUUGUGCAUUUACUUCAAAGCCAUAGUCAGAUUUGGUAUAACCACUUUGGGAGUUUUGAGAAAGUAAGUAAAAAUAUAAGAAACUGAAUUUUGUACUGUAAUUUUGUACCUCUUUAAAUAUAACUUGAUUUAUUUGACAACAGUGAGUACGAUACAUUUUCCGUCUCUCUCACACAAAGCCGUACAUAUCUUUGUAUCAUGCUGUCAAAGUAUAAAACAGCAUGAUUAGUGACUUAUAUCUCAUCUCUUUAAUGCUAGGUGAUGUAUUAUAUCUCUGUCCUGCUGUCUUUUGAAUCAUGUCAUGUUUAAAGGGUAUAAUCAACAGAGUUUAAGUGUAGUGUUUGCUAAUAUGCAAGGAACUUGAAGGCUCAAAAUUCAAAAAACUGUCUAUGGUUCUGAUAUAACUAUUAUUUGACUUGAAAUUGUAUAGGUGCAUUAAUAAAUUAUAUUCUUUUAUAUUA